AUGGCCGGUACAAGGAACUAUGAUUUCCUGAUCAAACUCUUGUUGAUCGGAGACUCAGGUGUGGGCAAGUCGUGCUGUCUCUUACGUUUCAGCGAGGACUCCUUUACCCCUUCAUUCAUCACCACCAUCGGUAUUGAUUUCAAAAUCCGUACGAUCGAGUUAGACGGCAAGAGGGUGAAACUGCAGAUCUGGGAUACCGCAGGUCAGGAACGCUUCCGCACCAUCACCACAGCCUACUACCGUGGUGCCAUGGGUAUUCUGCUUGUCUACGAUGUGACCGAUGAGCGGUCCUUCCAAAACAUUCGCACCUGGUUCUCCAAUGUCGAGCAACAUGCCAGUGAAGGGGUACACAAAAUUCUCAUUGGUAAUAAAUGUGAUUGGGAGGAGAAGAGAGUUGUCUCCACUGAGCAAGGACAACAGCUCGCCGAUGAACUGGGUAUUCCUUUCCUGGAGGUCUCCGCAAAGAACAACAUCAACAUCGAGAAGGCUUUCUAUAGCCUCGCGACCGAUAUCAAGAAGGGCAUGGAUACCUCGAAGACGGAACAAUCCGGAUCUCAGGGAGUCAGUAUAGACCAGCAGGGUUCUGGACUGAAUGGUGGCACUGGAGGAAAGUGUUGCUAA